AUGGCUGCGGCUGCAGUGGUGCCACGCUUCCGGCUGACCUUCAAACAGCCUCUUCAAAGCGGGAAGUUGGCCAAAUCAAAAGAAGCAAAGCGUUCCAGACCGUGCUGCAAAAGGAAGGCAACGUCGCGAAGAGUUGCUGUUUCUGAGGGGACAGUGCCCAAAGCUCGCAAUGCUUUUGCACUUUUUAUGAAACAGCACAACACGGCGAAGAAAGGCGCCAGCAAACAAGAAUUCCAACAUGAAAUGCAACGCAUUGCCAAAGCUUGGGCACAAUUGACACAGUCUGAGAAGAACAUCUACAAGGAAAAAAGAAGAUCGGAGUUCACUGCACAAAGAGACGCCAUGAAAAGGCAUGGCUUGCCCACGCGCCGCAUGCAGAAUGAAACCGUGCCAAAGCAGCAGUCACAGCUGUCUCAGCUGUCUCAGCUAUCCACACAACCUGUGGAAGACCAGGACCAGGCGCUCCUCAGAUUUGGGAAGAUCACGGUGAUGCAAGGUGAGCUUCCUGUUGGUGAAGGCUCUUACGGGACUGUGCUGAAAGGCCUCAUGCCCUAUGGCCGCUUCUGCGCUCUGAAGAUCUUCAAGGGCAGCAAAUCUAUGAUCUCCUUGAAGCAGGAGGUUCUGAUUUUCAAUCAAAUCAAAGACAAGCUUCAAGAAGGAAUGCGGCAACUCUUUCCUUCCUUGUUGGAAGUCGAAUGCAAACCGCAGCCGUUCCCCUACUUGGCUUUGGAGUUUGCUGGGUCAAGCGUGUCCCAAGUGCUCAUCCAAAACGGUGCUUUCACUGGAAGUGCAAUGCAGCGCCUAGCCACGCAGCUUAGAUCUGCCCUGCAAGCUUUGCACAGCAUCCGCAUACUUCAUUUGGAUCUCAAACCGGCCAACAUUCUGUGGGUCCAGGAGACUUCAUGCAUGAAACUAGCGGAUUUUGGAAUGUCUGAGAUGAUGGGGAUUGAAGCUGCCUCGAUAAGGUGGGUCUUCAAAGGUAGCAGCUGCAGCGGCGGCGACAAACUCAUGCGUGGAAGGGCAAGAACCGAAAAGAGCGUCUUCCACACGUUGCUGUGGACGACGGCUUGGCAGAUUGCCAUCAAGCCGAAACCACCGGCGAGCAAGUGGUGCUCUCCUGGAUGCACCGGUGGACCACGGGUGCAAAGUGCAGAGUUCUUGAGCUAUGAUCGAUUUUGCCUCUACACCUGCAAGCCCUUGUUGCGUGACGAGAUCAAAUCGAAGGUGGACUGUGCACAUUUGAACCACCAGGAAAUCACGCACGACGCGCAGAGCCCUUCCUCCAACGGCAAGGAAAUCAUCUACGAGGCACAUCCACUGACCAAAGUGGGGCCCAUCUCGAAGCUGGUUGCCCUGCCGGAGGCCUCGAUGUUGGGUGUGAACGCAGCUGUGACGUCGGAUCCGGUGAUGUCCAUCCGUGGAGCCUUCGCCAAGCUGAGGAAUCUGGAACGUCAGAAUGGAGGGCUCAGUGCCUAUGGCCUUCCAGAUGCCGCCAAGGCGCCCAGUUUGUGCGUCUGCCACUGCGGUUCCAAAGUGGAUCGCUUCCGCCAAACGGAAAGCGACGGGGUCAUUUACCCCAAGCCUCGCAAGAUGCCAAUGUCCGUGACGUCGCCCCGCAGCGUCAUGGUGGAGCCUCCACAGCCGCCCAUGAUUUCGACUCCCAUCACGGAUCUCUUUGGAAUCCAGCACCCGGUCCUGCUGGCCGGCAUGAACAUCGCAGCCAGCCCGCAGCUGGCUGCAGCGGUGACCAAUGCUGGAGGUCUAGGGGUGUGGGGAGGUGUCUUCUACACCCCCAAGAUGUUCCGUGCCAAGCUGAAGGAGCUGAAAGAGAACUUGAAAGAUCCCAACGCUCCAUUCGGCGUGGACCUUUUGCUCCCACAGGUGGGUUCUGGUGCUCGUGCCACCAACUAUGACUACACCAAGGGAGACUUGCCUGAGCUGAUUGACAUCACCAUCGAAAUGGGUGCGAAGCUCUUUGUGAGUGCUGUGGGUGUUCCACCCAAGUUUGUGGUGGACAAACUCCAUGCUGCUGGCAUCCCGGUGAUGAACAUGGUAGGUGCGCCCAAGCACGUGGAGAAGGCCUUGGAGGCAGGCGUGGACAUCAUCUGCGCCCAAGGAGGUGAGGGUGGAGGUCACACUGGCGAUGUAGCCACAAGCAUUUUGAUUCCCAUGGUGGUGGACAUUUGCAAGGGCCACAAGUCGCCACUCACAGGUCGGCAGGUGCCGGUGGUCGCCGCCGGCGGCAUCUCGGACGGGCGGCACCUAGCGAUGUCGCUGGCGCUGGGCGCGGACGCGGUGUGGGUCGGCACGCGCUUCGUGGCCUCCGUGGAGGGCGGGGCGCCCAAGGGACACAAGGAAGAUCUGGUGAAGGCCUCCGUGCACGACACCCACCGCACGGAGAUCUACACCGGACGCCCAAUGAGGAUCAUCAAGAACAAGUACUCCGAGAAUUGGGAGUUGGAACGAAGCAAGGAGAUGCGUGAUCUCCUGAAGCAGGGAGUGAUUCCCUACACCACCGAUGUGGAGCUCCUUGAGGAGAAGGCGAAGGGGAACAAGAAGGAUGUCCCAGUACCUGUAGGCGCGGAUGCCAUCCAUCCAUGGCUUUGUGGUCAGGUGGCCGGCAUGAUCAACGACAUUCUGCCAGCCAAGACCAUUGUGGAGAACAUGGUGCUUCAAGCUGCUGAGAUGAUGCAUCAGAAUGCAGCCAGACUCACCCCGGCUGCACGCCUGUGA